AUGAUGUCCUAUGGUGAGAGACUGGGGAGCCCAGCUGUCUCCCCGCUCCCCGUCCACGGGGGACAUGUGAUGCAUGGGGCAGCCUUUGCCUAUGUGCCUAGCCCACAGGUCCUGCACAGGAUCCCAGGGACCUCCGCCUAUGCCUUCCCCAGCCUGGGCCCCGUGGCCCUCGCCGAGCACAGCUGCCCUUACGGGGAGGUCCUGGAGCUCCAUGAUCCGCUGCCUGCCAAGCCGGCCCUGGAGGAGGAGCAGAAGCCAGAGCCUGGGUUGGCCCAGAGGCUCCGCCAGGCCAGCACCACACUGCUCAAGGUGCCACUGAUGCUGGCCUUCCUCUACCUCUUCGUCUGCUCCCUGGAUGUGCUCAGCUCAGCCUUCCAGCUGGCUGGAGGGAAGGUGGCUGGUGACAUCUUCAAGGACAACGCCAUCCUCUCCAACCCAGUGGCUGGGCUGGUGGUGGGCAUCCUGGUGACCGUGCUGGUGCAGAGCUCUAGCACUUCUACCUCUAUCAUCGUCAGCAUGGUCUCCUCCGGCUUACUGGAGGUGAGCUCUGCCAUCCCCAUCAUCAUGGGCUCCAACAUUGGCACCUCCGUCACCAACACCAUUGUGGCCCUAAUGCAGGCGGGGGACAGGACUGACUUCCGGCGGGCCUUUGCGGGGGCCACAGUACACGACUGCUUUAACUGGCUGUCAGUGCUGGUCCUACUGCCCCUGGAGGCUGCCACCGGCUACCUGCACCAUGUCACUCGGCUUGUGGUGGCCUCCUUCAACAUCUGUGGCGGCCGAGAUGCCCCAGACCUGCUCAAGAUCAUCACGGAGCCCUUCACUAAGCUCAUCAUCCAGCUGGACAAGUCCGUCAUUACCAGCAUUGCCACUGGUGAUGAGUCCCUGAGGAACCACAGCCUCAUUCGGACCUGGUGCCACCCAGACCUCCUGGAGGCUCACACCUCCACACCCAGUGUAGAGGCCAACAGUAGCUGGCAUCUUGGAAAUGCCACCAUGGAGAAAUGCAACCACAUCUUUGUGGACACGGGGCUGCCUGACUUGGCUGUGGGGCUCAUUCUGCUGGCUGGCUCCCUGGUGCUCCUGUGCACCUGCCUCAUCCUCCUUGUCAAGAUGCUCAACUCCCUGCUCAAGGGCCAGGUGGCCAAGGUCAUUCAGAAGGUUAUAAACACCGACUUCCCCGUCCCCUUCACCUGGGUCACAGGCUACUUUGCCAUGGUGGUGGGCGCAGGCAUGACCUUCGUUGUCCAAAGCAGUUCCGUGUUCACCUCCGCCAUCACGCCGCUCAUCGGCCUGGGUGUGAUCAGCAUCGAGCGAGCCUACCCUCUCACGCUGGGCUCCAACAUUGGCACCACCACCACCGCCAUCCUGGCUGCUCUGGCCAGCCCCAGGGAGAAGCUGCCGAGUGCCUUCCAGAUUGCCCUCUGCCACUUCUUCUUCAACAUCUCGGGCAUCCUGUUGUGGUAUCCAGUGCCCUGCACACGCCUGCCCAUCCGCAUGGCCAAGGCACUGGGUAAACGCACUGCCAAGUACCGCUGGUUUGCCGUCCUCUAUCUCCUCGUGUGCUUCCUGCUGCUACCCUCGCUGGUAUUCGGUAUCUCCAUGGCAGGCUGGCAGGCCAUGGUGGGUGUGGGCGCUCCCUUUGGGGCCCUGCUGGCCUUCAUGGGACUCGUCAGCUUCCUGCAGAGCCGCAGCCCGGGGCACCUGCCCAAGUGGCUGCAGACAUGGGACUUUCUGCCACAAUGGAUGCACUCCCUAAAGCCCCUGGACCACUUCAUCACCCGCGCCACCCUGUGCUGUGCCAGGCCCGAGCCCCGUUCGCCCCCGAUGCCCAGAAGGGUCUUCCUGGAGGAGCUGCCCCCUGCCACGCCCUCUCCCCACCUAGCGCAGCCUGCUCACCACACUGCCACUCGCCUCUAG